UAAAUAAGAAUUUGUUCUUAACUUAACUAGUUAAAAUAUAUAUAUUUAAUUUACUCUGUCUGGGGUGGAAAGCUACUCUGUCUGAGGUGCGAACCCACAACCUUCUGGUCCGUUGCCAUCUAAUGCUUUCACGACGAAGAACAGUCGGAUCUGGUCUGACCAAGAAGUCACUUUGUUUUUAAUUAUUAUUUUGGUGUCGGGAGAGUCACUUUUUUUGCUUUGCGUUCGGGAAGGUAAUAUAUAUUUUGCUGACGGGAGUUUCCAGUUUCAUUGAAAAGAAAUACGGUUUUCUCAAUGUAACUCUAAUUUUAAAUAACGUUGACUCCCUAACUUUGAAAUGUGGUUGUUGUGUAGCCUAACGGUGAAGACUUGUUGCCUUUUUGACGUGUAGUUCUAUGAGUUUGUAUCCAAGAUUACAUUUGACUUCUUUUCCAGACGUCCCACGGAGUACAUUCACUUCAAUAAAUACCUCCUCCGUGGUUUGGGACCAGUUUCCCCGUGGUCUUUUACACGGGAUAACACCGCUCUCCUCCAAGAGGAACGACAUUGCUGCUGGCUAGCAACCCUCUCACGCCCCCUGAACUGAUGGUUAGCUAACCGGCUAGCUAGUUUAAUGUUGUUUAUUCUCUCAAACGAUGUUCAGGUACCAUCCCAAAAACAUAUACUUAUAAGAAUAAGCUAUCUGGAAAAUAUGACAAAAGUUGUGUGGGAUAGUAUUUACACCAGUCAGCUCGUUCAGAAACUUCCUGGAGUUACUUCCUCGCUGGUGGAUUUUCGGGUGGCUCAACCGAAAAAGUGAAUAGAUAGCGCCACCUACUGUUUAGACGCGCAGGGAUCAAGACUCUUGAUCUAAAAAUAACUCUUUACAAAUAUCCUUGAAAUUCCAUCCAAGAUUAUACAUUUUAACAACUGGACGAUUAUAGCUGCCCGAGGACACAAUAAAACUGUUUACAUGUUUACACAUUUUCCCAUCUUUUCUGUAACCCAACGGUCACUGUCUCUUUUCCUAAAGAGUGCCCCAGUCUAAACAUGGGUUGGAUUUUCUGUGCUAAUCUCCUAAUUCGAUUACUUCACACGUCCUUGUGUUUAAAAUACAUUCCGUUUAGACUCGCGGAGGACAGAGAAAGGCUGACUAUUUAAUUUACACUCAAAGAGUUACCAGGGAACGUUUUUCAACACACCUGCUGCCAAGGAUGGCUCUCUUGAUUCUGACAUUGGUCACUUUACCCUGUGUUGGCUGUGUCUAUGGACAAGAAAGUUACGCAGGUGAAAACGUCACCCGUAUUCUGGACCGACUACUAGAUGGAUAUGACAACUGGUUGCGACCAGGAUCCGGAGGUAUGGUCACAGAGGUGAAAACAGAUAUCUUUGUCACCAGCUUUGGCCCAGUGUCAGAUGUGGAAAUGGAGUACACCAUCGACAUGUUCUUCCGACAGACCUGGGUGGACGAGAGGCUGAAGUACGACGGCGCCGUGGAGAUCCUGCGUCUCAACAACAAGAUGGUGGAUAAAAUCUGGACACCCGACACGUUCUUCAGGAACUCCAGGAAGUCCAUCGCCCACAACAUGACCACUCCCAACAAGCUGUUCCGCAUCAUGCAGAACGGGACCGUCCUCUAUACCAUGAGGUAACCUGAGCCCCGAGCCCCUCCUCCCUGGACCCUCCUGCAGAACCUCUUCACCAUGAGGUAGUCCCUCCUCCCUGGACCCUCCUGUAGAACCUCUUCCCCAUGAGGUAGUCCCUCCUCCCUGGACCCUCCUGUAGAACCUCCUGUAGAACCUCUUCACCAUGAGGUAGCCCCUCCUCCCUGGACCCUCCUGUGGAACCUCUUCCCCAUGAGGUAGCCCCUCCUCCCUGGACCCUCCUGUAGAACCUCUUCACCAUGAGGUAGCCCCUCCUCCCUGGACCCUCCUGUAGAACCUCUUCACCAUGAGGUAGCCCCUCCUCCCUGGACCCUCCUGUAGAACCUCUUCACCAUGAGGUAGCCCCUCCUCCCUGGACCCUCCAGUAGAACCUCAUCACCAUGAGGUAGCCCCUCCUCCCUGGACCCUCCUGUAGAACCUCUUCACCAUGAGGUAGCCCCUCCUCCCUGGACCCUCCUGUAGAACCUCAUCACCAUGAGGUAGUCUCUCCUCCCUGGACCCUCCUGUAGAACCUCUUCAACAUGAGGUAGCCCCUCCUCCCUGGACCCUCCUGUAGAACCUCUUCACCAUGAGGUAGCCCCUCCUCCCUGGACCCUCCAGUAGAACCUCAUCACCAUGAGGUAGCCCCUCCUCCCUGGACCCUCCUGUAGAACCUCUUCCCCAUGAGGUAGUCCCUCCUCCCUGGACCCUCCUGUAGAACCUCAUCACCAUGAGGUAGCCCCUUCUCCCUGGACCCUCCUGUAGAACCUCUUCAACAUGAGGUAGCCCCUCCUCCCUGGACCCUCCUGUAUAACCUCUUCACCAUGAGGUAGCCCCUCCUCCCUGGACCCUCCAGUAGAACCUCAUCACCAUGAGGUAGCCCCUCCUCCCUGGACCCCCCUGUAGAACCUCUUCACCAUGAGGUAGCCCCUCCUCCCUGGACCCUCCAGUAGAACCUCAUCACCAUGAGGUAGUCCCUCCUCCCUGGACCCUCCUGUAGAACCUCUUCAACAUGAGGUAGCCCCUCCUCCCUGGACCCUCCUGUAGAACCUCAUCACCAUGAGGUAGCCCCUUCUCCCUGGACCCUCCUGUAGAACCUCUUCAACAUGAGGUAGCCCCUCCUCCCUGGACCCUCUUCACCAUGAGGUAGUCCCUCCUCCCUGGACCCUCCUGUAGAACCUCUUCACCAUUAGGUAGCCCCUCCUCCAUGGACCCUCCUGUAGAACCUCUUCACCAUGAGGUAGCCCCUUCUCCCUGGACCCUCCUGUAGAACCUCUUCAACAUGAGGUAGCCCCUCCUCCCUGGACCCUCCUGUAGAACCUCCUGUAGAACCUCUUCAACAUGAGGUAGCCCCUUCUCCCUGGACCCUCCUGUAGAACCUCUUCAACAUGAGGUAGCCCCUCCUCCCUGGAACCUCUUCACCAUGAGGUAGCCCCUCCUCCCUGGACCCUCCUGUAGAACCUCAUCACCAUGAGGUAGCCCCUCCUCCCUGGAACCUCUUCACCAUGAGGUAGUCCCUCCUCCCUGGACCCUCCUGUAGAACCUCUUCAACAUGAGGUAGCCCCUCCUCCCUGGACCCUCCUGUAGAACCUCUUCACCAUGAGGUAGCCCCUCCUCCCUGGACCCUCCUGUAGAACGUCUUCAACAUGAGGUAGCCCCUUCUCCCUGGACCCUCCUGUAGAACGUCUUCAACAUGAGGUAGCCCCUUCUCCCUGGACCCUCCUGUAGAACCUCUUCAACAUGAGGUAGCCCCUUCUCCCUGGACCCUCCUGUAGAACCUCUUCAACGUGAGACUAACCAUCGUUGCUGAGUGUCCCAUGAGGCUCAUGGACUUCCCUAUGGACGGACAUAUAUGUCCUCUGCGGUUCGGCAGCUAUGGGUACACGAACAGUGAGAUCACCUUUACCUGGAGGAAGGGUCUGGAAGCUUCUGUAGACUGUCCUCAGGAGUCUAUCAGUCUGCUACAGUAUGACCUGGUGGGACAGAGGUUAUCCACGGAGACGUUCAAGUCCA